GAGAGAGAGAGACAGAGAGAGUCUAAAAAAACUACAAUAUUUUUUCAUGGUUGCUUCGAUCGUCGCCCUUCUCCUCACUCUCAGAGAAUUCCCAUUACAAAAAGAAGAAAACCAUUUUUUUCUUCUUCUCGGGUUGCUUGCCUGGAAAGGGAUUAGAGAGUUGAACCACAUUGCCUAGGGUUUAAAAUGUUGGUCUUUUGAGGUUGGUUUUUCAUGGGUUGAACUAGAAACUAUAAUGGGUAGCUUAAGUGAGGACGAGGAAAAUGGAUUUUUUGAUGCCCAAGAAGAUAUUGCAUCGAUUUCUGAUGCAAAUUCUGACACUUUCGAUUCGAAUUCUCGUUUUGACUACGAUGUUUGGAUUCGAAGCCCGAGGAGCGUUAAGGAGCGUCGGAGUAAUUUCCUCAAGUGGACGGGAUUGGAUUCCAAUCAGGAUUUGAUGGAUAGUUGUAUGGAAAUUGAGGUUGUUAGAGUUAGAGAGGAUAAUAGUGGGGCUGUGUUGAGAAGUUCGGGUUUCGAAAGCGAGUUCUAUUCAAGUCGAUCUUUGGUGUCAUGUGGGUCCUAUGGUAGUUACAAUUUUUUGGACGGUUCGGGUUCGAGGGAGAGUUUUGUGUGCCGAGAUGGGAAUUUUUGUGGUGGAAUGGAGUGUUGUCACGAGGAGGAAGUGGGGCGGUGUGAGAAGAAGAGUGAAGGUCGGGAAGCAGGGUUGGGGCGGCUGGUGUCGCCUGCGGAGUCUGAGAGUGCUUCUGGGUCAUCUCCUUUCUCCCAAAAACUGAGGGAGACAAGCUUUUUGGAGGGAACAAUGAAGGGGGUUAAGAGCAGGUGGUUGAAUAAAUUAAGAUCCAUGACAUGCAUUGGUGAUAGGCAGGGUGCUGAUGGACUGAGACCGAAUGACUUUGAUGCAAUUAUACGGUCUAGGGCUCAAAGAAUUAGGGUUCGCCAAUCCGGGAAGCGAUCUAAGGAACUUUCGGCUCUUUACAUGGGGCAAGAUAUCCAAGCCCAUGAAGGCUCAAUUUUGACAAUGAAAUUCAGUCCCGAUGGGCAGUACCUCGCCAGUGCUGGUGAAGAUGGGGUGGUAAGACUCUGGCAAGUUGUGGAAGAUGAGAGGUCCAAUGAACUUCACAUUCCAGAACUGGAUCCUUCCUGCUUAUACUUCACAGUGAAUCACAUGUCAGAAGUGAAGCCCCUGUUUGUGGAUAAGGAGAAAAUGGGUAAAGCGACGAGCUUGAAGAAAACUUCAGACUCGGCUUGUGUUAUUUUUCCUCCAAAAGUUUUUCGAAUAUUGGAGAAGCCGUUGCACGAGUUUCAUGGUCACAGCGGGGAGAUCUUGGAUCUUUCGUGGUCAAAGAAUAAUCAUCUCCUGUCAUCAUCGGUUGACAAAACUGUUCGUUUGUGGCGAGUGGGAUGUGAUGACUGCCUCCAAGUUUUUUCCCACAGUAAUUAUGUGACCUGUGUCCAAUUUAACCCCGUGGAUGAUGAUUACUUCAUCAGUGGUUCAAUAGAUGGAAAAGUUCGUAUCUGGGGAAUCCCUCAUUGUCAAGUUGUUGAUUGGACUGACAUAAGAGAAAUCGUCACCGCAGUGUGUUAUCGCCCUGAUGGGCAGGGGGGAAUUGUUGGCUCAAUUACAGGCAGUUGCCACUUUUACAACAUAUCAGAUAAUCGAUUGCAAUUGGAUGCUCAGAUAUGCUUGCACAACAAAAAGAAGUCACCCUGCAGAAAGAUAACUGGUUUUCAGUUUUCUCCACAAGACUCGAGCAUUGUGAUGGUCACUUGUGCUGAUUCACAAGUCAGAGUUCUUCAUGGGCUUAAUGUGAUUGGAAAGUACCGUGGGCUACGAAAUGCUGGAAACCAGAUAUCUGCGUCUUUCACUUCAGACGGAAAACAUAUAGUCUCGGCAUGCGAGGAUUCUAAUGUAUAUUUAUGGAGUUGCUUUGGUGAAGAAGAAACUGUUCUCUCUCAAUCGAAAAAAGUUCGAUCUUGUGAGCGUUUCUCCACCAACGCAUCUGUUGCGAUACCGUGGUCUGGUUUGCAAUGUGGCAAUUCUGAAAACGGAAGUCAGUUCCACAUUGUGGAUAAGUGUAUAUCAGAUACUCUGCCUUUUUCUUCAUUAGAAUGUUUUUCUAUAAGCCAAGAAUUCUUCUUAGAGUCUUUUCCAAAGGCAUCUGCCACUUGGCCUGAGGAAAAGCUUCCAAUAUCAAGCCCACAGGCCAAACAAUCUACAAUGCACAGGUCCCAAUUGAAGUUUCUGAAAUCGUCUUGCAAGAACACACCCACUUCUCAUGCGUGGGGUAUGGUUAUAGUGACUGCAGGCUGGGAUGGACGGAUUAGAUCAUUCCACAAUUACGGGUUACCGAUACAUCGUUGACAUUCUUUUGGUUUGGCAUGGCUUUCAGAAAUCUGUCUAUUCCCUUUUGCCAGGUACGUUGCCUGCAGUGCCUCUCUUUGGCUGAUUACGUAGCUCUGCAAAUACAAAGUAGGCAGCAUCGACAAGUGAUUCGGUGGCAGCAUCAACAGUCAUAGAAAGGUUAUACGAUAUCGUAAAUUUUGGGGUUCUUUUUUUUUCGUUCUCCGACGCAAAGGCGGGCCCUUUUCUGAUUUUGAAGGUGCUGAGGCCGAAUUAUGUUGUGGCAAGUGGCAACAAUCGCACGGUUUUGUAAUCCGUCUCGGUAUCAGCAAGUGGCCGAGGUUAGCUUUAUCCGGAUAGCCAGCUUAAUCACACGAUUAUGAUUUGCCAGUUGAUGGGGUUUGUUUCUUUUGACUGCUGCCGGGCCACAAGGAAUUAGACGCGAAGUCAUUUGUUGGGAGAGAAGGCCAAAUUGUUGCAGUCUGGAGAAGUAGGGCCUUGCAGAGAAAACCCUGUUUCCUUUGUUCUCAAAGAUUAGAUGGAAUCCAAGCUGGUGGUAGGAGUUGCUUUGGGGAAGAAAUGGUGGGGAAACUUUGCAUUAUGUAAUGUUGGCUGGUCUGAAUGAUUGAAUUGCUUUGUCUGCCAUUUCUGAUCCCUCUCAUGGUGGGGCCAAGAGGGUACACCUGGGUUUUGGCUCUUGGAUUAUUGGAAGAUUAUGAUUUCCAUCUAUUACUCCAAUAAUAAUUGCUGCUUGCAAUUCAUGGAGGAUGGACUUCCUCAAAACUCACACCUUCAUCAUUUGCCUAACAGAAAGUUUAGUAUAUGUAUGAAUGUAUGUAUGUACCUACUCUCAGUUUUAGGUCUAACAUCACUAUGGUUUUUUUUUUUUUUUUGGUCAAUAAUUAGAUAGAAAUUCUGCCUAGCAUGAAGCAUAUAUUUAUGUAAUUGUAAUUUUAGU